ACGGUACCCAAGCCCAUCGCCCUGGAGCCGUGUUUUGGGAACAAGGCUGCUGUCCUCUCCAUCUUUGUCCGUUUACCCAGAGGCACCGGGGGCAUACCCCCGCCCGGUCAGUCUGGUCUAACGGUGGCCUCGGCCCUGGUGGACAUGUCUCAGCAGAUGUGUCUUGGUUACAAGGAGAAGUCAGGUGGUCUGAGGAACAGGAAGCAACAGCCCUCCGCACAGCCCUCCACCUGUAUCUGACCACACCCCCUGCCCCUGGACCCCGCCCUGCUCCACCCUAACCCCUUCCCCCACCCCAAAGACUAUAACCCUGAACUGAAGGAAGAGAAGGAGGGAGAAAAGCGGGAGAGGAAUGGAGGGAGUUAGUGGGG